GCUCCCACCGAGCCCUUCGCUUGGGUUGGUGGGAGUCUCCCCCCACUAUUAAAUGUGUAAAGCCGCUGUUCAAAGUCGUCUUGUUAGAAAGUAACUUCGGUGGCAGAGUGAAACACACAAGCACCGAAAAUGGCAGACAACAGUCAAAACCCUCAGAGACUGGGGCCUGUGCAAUUUUUAAUGAGCAACAAACUGGAAACGGCCAUGUGGCUGUCCCGCCUCUUCACCGUCUACUGCUCCAUCAUGUUCAUACUACCAAUCUUGGGGCCCAAUGCGGCGUCCAACUUCUACCAGCGAGCACUGCUGGCCAACGCGCUCACCAGCGCCUUGCGCCUGCACCAGAGGCUUCCCAGGUUCCAGCUGAGCCGGGCAUUUGUGGCGCAGGCGCUGCAGGAGGACAGCUGCCACUACCUGCUCUACUCGCUCAUCCUGGUCAACUCCUACCCCAUUACUAUGAGCAUUUUCCCAGUCUUCCUCUUCUCCUUGCUCCAUGCGACCACCUACACCAAAAAGGUCCUAGACUCGGUGGGCCCUGGCAGCCUGAUGUUCAUCAGGAACCUCCUGGACAAGAUGUCGACCAAUCAGCAGAACAUCCUCAAGUUCAUUGCCUGUAAUGAGAUCUUCUUGAUGCCUGCCACUGUCUUCAUGCUCUUCAGUGGCCAGGGAAGCUUGCUGCUGCCUUUCAUCUACUAUCGCUUCCUCAGCCUGCGCUAUACAUCCAGAAGAAACCCGUAUUGCCGCACUCUGUUCACCGAGCUGCGAAUCCUCCUUGAGCACUUCAUCAUGAAGCCUGCAUGCCCCGUGAAUGCGUGCUUCUCGGUCACGUGA